AUGAAAAGAAAUAACUUGCAAACAUUUUAUAUGCGAGCUAAAAGGGCAAUAAGUCAUGACCCUCCUGCUAGUUCCAAUUCUGGGAAGUCUGCUAUUUCACGUAUUAGUGAUAGCAUCGAGGGAAAUAGCAGUGAGAAUGCAAAUGUUGAUCUUUCUUUGACAGAUUGCCCAUUAUUUGAUUAUUUAGAGGAGAAUGAUGAGACCAUGGGUGACCAUUUUGGUGAAACUGAAUUGAGUGCCGAAUCAUCAUCAAGUAUUGAACAAAACACUAAAUGUAGUAUGGAUGAAAUUUGCUUACAAAAUAAGUUAGUAUUUUGGGCGAUAAAAUACAAUAUUCCAAAUUCUGCUUUAACAGAUUUGAUGAAAAUUUUGAGCAAUAAUGUAAAUGAGUGUUUACCUCUUGAUGCCCGCACAUUACUACAAACACAAAGAAACAUUCUUGUUGAUUCUGUCCCUCCAGGAGAGUAUUAUCAUUUUGGUUUGAAUGAAGCAAUUGAAUCUUUAGUUAGUUCUUUGGGGAGCAGUUGGAAUUCAAAUACUAUAUUAUUAAAUAUCAAUAUAGAUGGAUUACCACUAGCUAAAAGUUCAAGUAGCCAGGUUUAUCCAAUACUUGUUUCAGUAUUUGGUCAUAAGGGGACUCCGGGAGAGUCUAGCAGGUGGGAGACAAUAGCCGCUGCUCAUAGAAUAUUUGUGGCACGACAUGUUACGACAUUGCCACACUUCUCAGACGUCAUAGGCACCUCCCACCCCGCUCACGUAGCGCCGUUACAAUCGGCAGUUUGGUUUGGAAGUAAGAAGUGGCAACACGUUUUCGUACCUGGAAAAGAAUGCCCUUCAACUAUAGAAAAAAACAAACAACUAGAAAGAGAAGCAAUUUAGAUCUGUCAGUAAUAAAAAAUGCUUUAGGUGACAUUGAUCAAGGAAAGUCUAUCCGAGGUGUUGCUUUGGAAUAUGGAAUUGACAGAAAUACCUUAAGAAAUUAUUUAAGAGACAGGUCUAAAUUGACUAAAAUAAGUGAACAAGGAAGCCAGUUUAAAACAUCUAUGAUAUUUACAAUCGAAGAAGAGAAGGCGCUUGUUGAAUAUCUUAUAGCUUGCAGCAAAAUGAAUUAUGGAUUAACCAGACAGGCGACUAUGCAGCUAGCAUAUGAAUAUGCAACAAUGAAUUCCAAAAAGGUUCCAGAUUGUUGGACUUCCAACAACUGCGCAGGAAAAGAUUGGUUCCGGGGAUUUAUGACAAGAAACCCUGAACUAAGUUUGAGAACCCCAGAAGCCACCAGUUUAUCCAGAUCAACCAGCUUCAAUAGAAAAAACGUUACUGAUUUCUUCGAGAACCUCAAAGAAGUUAGAGAAAAAUACCAAUUUGAAGCACAUAACAUCUAUAACUGUGAUGAAACAGGGUGUACGACUGUACAAGAGUGUCCCAAAGUAAUAGCGAGCAAGCAUAUGCGUCAAGUAGGACAAGUUACUUCAGCUGAACGCGGCAGCCUUGUGACCGUUUGCUUCGCUGUGAACGCUCUGGGAAAUGUUCUUCCUCCAUUUUUCAUUUUCCCUAGGGUUAGAUACAAC